AUUUUUUCUUUACUUUACUUCUAGCACAACAGCCUGUUCCAUCCUGCCCUGCACCAACCCUCAGCACCUUCCUUGAAUACAGAAAAAAGAAAAAUGAGGAGCGACAAAAGUAUUCUCUUGGGAAAAAGGGGUUAAAGCAAAAGGAAAAAAUGAAAGUUCGGAUAAAUAUUGGCUUGAUGACCAUUCACAAGAAUGGUCUAAAGCCACAGCGUGGAAAAACCAUUUUCCUUGCAACAGAUCCAGAUGUCUCUGCCACACCUCUGCUCAGUCUUGCUGCUAAAAAAAUGAAGGACUUCAACAAAGAUAUAAAAGAUGGACCUUUCCUCCUUCUGUACCCAGAUGGGACAGAGGUUAUUAAUAUCCCUGGGACACAAACACCGUUUACUCUUGCAGCUUAUAAGGCUGAAAUUGGCAAGUCAUACCAAAGGAUCUCUCUUUUCCUCUGCUUGAAAAGGGACUUUGAAGAAGUUGGAAAAUUGUCAGACUCGUCCGAUUCCGACCCAGAGGUUGUUAUUAGAAAAAACUCCGAGUUUGAUCUUGCUGAUACACUGCCAUGGGAACCUAUGGAUGAAAGCAGUCCUUUGCAAAAGGUGGCAGAAACAGAGAAUGGUGUUGGGGAUCUUGUACUUGCAAAUGAAGUACAACAGGUUAUGGACUUGGAUAACAAUGGCAACAAUCCAGGCACCAGUCAAUGUCUCACUGUCCAGAGCUCCUGUUACAGAGACUACACCACUCUCUUUGAGCCCAUUGUUAUUGAUGAUGAUGAUGAGAUUGAAUAUUUUACAGAAGACAAAAAGCAGGACCUGCCCCCAGAAGAACAUUUGUUAGUAAUUUUAAUAUUUUGUAUUAAAUUAAUCUGCAUCCUGGUCCUGAACGUAAUUACAUAAUGCUAAGUGUGAUCAAUCAACUGUUUUAAAAUAAGUUUAUUUUUUUCUAGACAAACAAACGUGCAGCCACAUGAUAUUAUUGCAGAACUGGCCAAGAAUAUUGACCACAAGAAAGUCAGCCGGUUCA